AACAUGCACAUGCGCGGAACGAACUUCCUCUUUCUCGGUGGACGCCAUGGCGGACGCAGAAAAAAAAAAGAUUCCGGCAGUCCCUGAGAGCCUUUUGAAAAGGCGUAAGGCCUACGCCACCAUGAAGGCCGUCCGCAUCAAGAAGAUGCUGGCUGAGAAAAAGUCUCGCAAAGUUACCAGGAAACUGAUCUACAAGAGAGCUGAAAAGUAUUACAAGGAGUACUGGCAGAUGGAAAGGCGUGAGAUCCGCCUGUCUCGUACUGCCCGCAAAGUAGGAAACUACUAUGUGCCAGCUGAGCCCAAACUGGCCUUUGUCAUCAGGAUCAGAGGUAUCAACGGUGUCAGCCCCAAGGUCCGCAAAGUUCUGCAACUGCUCCGUCUGCGCCAGAUCUUCAAUGGUGUCUUCGUCAAGCUGAACAAGGCUUCAAUUAACAUGCUCCGAAUUGCAGAACCUUACAUCGCUUGGGGAUACCCCAACCUGAAGUCUGUGCGUGAGCUCAUCUACAAGCGUGGCUUUGGGAAGAUCAGGAAACAACGUAUUGCCCUCACAGACAACGCUUUGGUGGAGAAGAGCCUUGGCAAACGCGGCAUCAUCUGUAUGGAGGACCUCAUCCAUGAGAUUUUCACUGUCGGCAAGAACUUCAAAGCGGCCAACAACUUCCUGUGGCCCUUCAAACUGUCAUCACCUCGUGGUGGCAUGAACAAGAAGACCACACACUUUGUGGAGGGAGGAGAUGCUGGCAACAGGGAGGAUCAGAUCAACAGAAUGAUCAGGAGGAUGAAUUAAUAGUUUGUAGAAGAUUCAAAAUAAAAGUUGCAAAAAAUG